AGGAGAAGCAAACACACAACACACAUUGGUGGUUGGUUCUUCUCAGAUAGAGGAAAAGAGAAAUGGGCGAAAAGGAUGACAUGUUGGGGUUGAGUUUGAGUUUGAGUUUGGGAGUGAAUCAACCUCCUCCUUUGAAGGUCAAUCACAUGCAGAACCCUCAACAAACGGUUCCCACAAAUCAUAACAGGACUUCCUGGGCUGAUUUGUUUCAGUUACCAGAUCGGAGCUCCGACAUGAUCCGAGGAAUUGAUGUCAAUUCAGCGCCGUCGAUGGCGGCGGAUUGCGACGACGACAACGGCGUUUCCUCGCCGAACAGCGCGGUGUCGAGCGUCAGCGGUGGCAAGCGGAGCGAGAGAGACGACGACAAUGCUGCCGCCGCCGCCGAGAGAACGUCGUGCUCGCGGGGGAGUGACGAUGAAGACGGCGGUGGCGGCGACGCAGGGCGGAAGAAGCUGCGUCUGACGAAGGAACAAUCCAUGGUGUUGGAAGAAACGUUCAAGGAGCAUAAUACGCUGAAUCCGAAACGAAAGCAAGCUCUGGCAGAAGAGUUGAAUUUGAAGCCUAGACAAGUUGAAGUGUGGUUUCAGAACAGAAGAGCAAGGACCAAGUUGAAGCAGACAGAAGUGGAUUGUGAAUACUUAAAGAGAUGUUGUGAGAAUUUAACUGAAGAAAAUAGAAGGUUGCAAAAGGAAGUCCAAGAGCUAAGGGCAUUGAAAUUAUCCCCCCACCUUUACAUGCAUAUGAACCCUCCUACCACUCUUACGAUAUGCCCUUCUUGUGAGCGUGCUGUCUCAGCCGCAUCCUCCUCCUCUGCCACCGUUCACUCGGCGCAGCCGCCGAGUAAUCGCAAUUUGAUGGGUGCAAACAUCCGGCGGCGGGUGCCGGUCAACCCAUGGCCGUUUGAAGGUUCAAUUCCUCGCCCAUAAUUGAAGGGCAAUUUGAUAUUAAUGAGAAUGGUGUCAAGACAUUUUAGUUACUAGACAGAUAUGCAUGGAAUGUGGAUAAAAAGAACCAAAAAAAUUUCAAAUGGAACACUGAUUUGUGGUUAAUUUGGACUCAAGGAUAUGAGUUUGGUUAUCUCUUCAGUGAAGAAUUGUUCUAUUUUUUUGUGUCUGGCAUACGUUCUAGUCAACUUUAGGAUUUGUGGAGGGUAGA